AUGAAGAAAACAAGGCAUAGUGAGAAUGAAAUUGAAGAAACGCAUGAAAAUGAAGACAGGAUAGGAGGGAAUGCAGAAUUUUUCAGCAUUUCAAAUGAGACACUUGUGAAUUUAGCUUUGCAUAGUAAUUCGUAUGCCAUUAUCCAAAUCAAACUUUCUACUCCAAAUCUGUGUACCUUUAGAUUUACCGGUGACAUUAUUCCGAAAAUAUGCGGGGGUGGACUUUCUUCUGUUAAACAAGUAAAUAUUGAUUCACAAAAUAUUUUAGCUUGGUCGGGGGAUGCUUUGAUUCUAUUCAGCUGGUUGCUAGACCUUUCCAAUGUAGAAUCAUUGACAGUCACUUCUACUAUUCUUCAGAUUCUCUCCUUAAUUCCUGAUCUAUUGAAGGUUAAGCUCCCUUCUUUGUGUAACUUGAAGUCAUUGGAAGUAGAACUGAUACCACUUGAUGAUGGACUUUUAAGACUAUUAAUGAAAGAAGAAAUGUUAAAGAAAGCUGCUGCCAAGUCAAGUAAAGAAGUUGUUAACUUAAGAAAGGCAUUUAAAGCACGUUCGGAACCACCUGCCAUACCUGAUGGAAUAGUUGACUUCUUGCGACAAAACUCGCCGUUGGCUGUAGUUAACAUCACAACAAAUUACCCGAGUUCUUUUAAUCUGAAGCAGGUUGAAGAAUCUUUAAAGGGUGCAAAGAUUAUCAAUUAUCGUUUGCGAUUCUCUGUGUGUUCCUCCUCUGUCACACCUGCUUCGGCUGCCAAGUCUGCUUCUGAUGCUGCUCCUGCUUCUGCUGCUGAGCCUGCCACUGCUGCAUCGUCCAAUCUUCAGGAAAAGAUAUGGCGGAGAACCAACCAUAACACCAACUCUCCACUUCUUAAUAAUGGGCUGUGA